AUGGCUGAGUCCCUAACGCACCUGGUCCCAACGGCACCCUGGUCCCUAGCGGCACCCUGGUCCCUAACGGCACCCUGGUCCCUCGGCACCCUGGUCCCUAACGGCACCCUGGUCCCUGGUCCCUGCGGCACCCUAGUCCCUAACGGCGCCCUGGUCCCUCCUAACGGCACCCUGGUCCCUAACGGCGCCCUGGUCCCUAGCGGCACCCUAGUCCCUGGUCCUAACGGCACCCUAGUCCUAACGGCACCUGGUCCCUACGGCUCCCUGGUCCCUAACGGCGCCCUGGUCCCUAGCGGCACCCUAGUCCCUGCGCGGCCCCUGGUCCCUAGUCCUAACGCACCCUGGUCCUACGGCACCCUGGUCCCUCGCACCCUAGUCCUACGGCCCUGGUCCCUAACGGCACCCUGGUCCCUGGUCCCUGGCGCACCUGGUCCUAGCGGCACCCUGGUCCCUAACGGCACCCUGGUCCCUAACGGCACCUGGUCCCUGGUCCCUAACGGCACCCUGGUCCCUAGCGGCAUGCCCUGGUCCCUGGUCCUCGGCACCCUGGUCCCUGUCCUAACGGCACCCUGGUCCCUGGUCCCUAACGCACCUGGCCUCCUGGUCCCUAUCGGCACCCUGGUCCCUAACGGCACCCUGGUCCCUAACGGCACCCUAGUCCCUGGUCCUAACGGCACCCUGGUCCCUGGUCCCUGUCCUAGCGGCACCCUGGUCCCUGGUCCUAGCGGCCCCUGGUCCCUGCCCUGGCACCCUAGUCCCUAA